CGCCUCUAUAAGAGCUGUCUAUAGUAUCGAUAGAUCGAGAUCUUCUGUCGAGAGAGGUUUACAUUUUUUUAAGGAAGACCAUCCGAAGUUGUGCCAAGUGAUUUCAUUAUCGUGAUUCAUUCAGGUCGCGAUUGUAUUAAUCCUGUUUUUGGAUAUUCCAGAUGAACGAGGGAAAUAAAUGCCCUCGUCAGAAAGUACUGUGAAAGCCGUGUAAAGGGGCUGUAAGGUUAUGAAGAUCUAGUAUUUUUUAAAAAGUUGUUACAGUGCGAUAAUAAAUAAUAGAAAGUGAAUUUGGCACUAACCACAACGAAAAUGACAGUUAUGGAUUUUUUCGGUUGUGCCUUUUUGGCCUUUGGUCCACCGCUGGCCAUGUUUACCUUCACCGUCGCGACUGAACCUAUUCGGAUUAUUAUAUUAAUAGCCAGUGCCUUUUUUUGGUUUAUUUCAUUACUGUUAUCGUCAAUGCUUUGGUAUGCUGUAGUGCCACUUCAAAAUCAGCUGGCAUUUGGACUGGUCUUUUCUGUAUUAUUUCAAGAAACAUUCAGGUAUCUUUUAUACUGGGUACUAAGAAAAGCUGAAAGAGGUUUAGAGAAAAUAACUACAACACAUGUAGUAGAUAGCAGACAUGUGUUCGCUUAUGUGUGUGGUUUAGGCUUUGGUAUCAUGAGCGGUGCCUUUGCCCUUGUCAAUGUCCUGGCAGAUGCAGCUGGACCAGGAACAAUGGGACUUAAACAGGGCACAGAAUACUUUUUCAUUAUAUCAGCUGCCACAACCCUUUGUUUCAUCCUGUUGCAUACAUUUUGGGGUGUGAUAUUUUUCGCAGCGCUGGAUAGGAAGAAUUGGGGACAAAUCGUUUGGGUUGUUGGCUCACACUUGUUUGUCUCUGGUAUGACAUUAUUCAAUGUGCAUCAGUUCUACAUGGCUAGUCUUUUAUCUGCUUACGGGAUUCUAAUAAUAACGACUUCAAUGGCAUUUAAAGUGGCUGGUGGCAGAGUUCAAAGUAUAUCUCAUUGCAUUACAAGGAAAUGAAAGUGCAAACACAUAGACAAAGUCAAAAAAAUAAGUGGGUGUGUGUUGACAGAAAUGAACAUUGCGGAAUGACAAUUCCUUUUUUUUCCUUAGGUAUUAGCCUACGAAAGUUGUUCAUUAUUUAGAUAUACAUUUCUCAAGAGAUUGUAUAACGUUGACUUAGCAAACUAUACCUUAUUUUUUAUAUUACUGAACAAGCUGACAUCUUCAGAAGCGUAUUGGUACAAAUUCAAAAGGUAUUGGUACUGUUAUAUGUAUCAGUAUUAUUCUUUACUCAAAAUGUAAACAUUUUCCACGUUUGUAAAAGUGUGUGGUUUGAUCCUAUUUCAAAGAAACGUUUGUUCCAUCGAACCUGUAAUACGUUCUAGCAAGGAAUGCUUUGAUCGAGUUGCUAGUCCGUUCCUUUUAACCAAUUGAAACAAUUGUACUAUCAAAUUAAGAUAAUGUUUUGCAAAUGCAGUUGUACUGUAGUUUACAAUAUCCUCUUAUGUCUCAAAGAACAAAGAAGAAAAGAGAUGUUUUGCAGUAAGCGUGAAUGUACAUAUGUAAGAAUGGAGUGUGCAUACUGUACAUGUUUGUAUCAGGCAAGAAAGACUAGUUGCGCAACUGUUCGCAUCGUACGAUUAAAAGUGAACAAGAGUAUACACCUAAUGAUAACAUGUGAGGAAUUGUUCAUUAGUUUUUGUAUAUACGGAAAACCCAUUAACGAUUGUACUUUAGACGUUUACUACGCAUCUAUAUAUUUGGCAUUCCGUUUCACUUACCAUUUCACGAUGGUUUAUUAUUCGAUACAUAUUACAUUUCGUAUGUCAUUCAAAUAAACACCAUUUUUGUACAACUAAAGGUACAGUUAAUGAUGAUCCUUACUGUGCAAAAAGUAUAUACCACAGGAUGAAAUUAUGUGACUAGGGUAAGAAACAUUAUUGCUGAACGGAAAUAUCACGCGAUACAAAGAUAUUUUAAAUAUUAUUUUAUUAAAAUGAAUAAAAUAAAGAACUUCGAAGAAAAAAUAUGCUUGAACUAAUGAAGGUACGUCAAGGCGGAAAAUGAUAUGAAUCACAGACAGGAGGGAUUUCACAAAUUCAUCCAUCGUUCAAUUGUACAAUUAAGAAAUGUAUUUUCCAUAUCGGAUUCAAGAUAAAAAUCUAAAAGUACGUUCAUGAACUUUCACCCUGUGGAGCAAGUAGUUUCUUAGUCGUUGAUUAAAUUUACGAGCUUGUCAAUGAAGCCAUCAGUAGUUCCAUUUUAUUUAAGAAGUUCUUUCCUUCCAUUUUAUCCCAGCGGACCUCUUUGAACGAGCCGCCUAGAUUCUCCCACUUUCUUUCUCUAACUAAUUGACCUGGAAAGAAAUCUUUCCUAGGAGAAUGGGCUAUUGCUACUUGUACUCCGGUUUGUGGUUCACACCUGACAGCGAUCAUUCUGGAAGUGUAUAAUUAUAAGUAACAAAAAUGUAAGAUAUAUACAUACAAAGUAGUCCUAGAAAUAAAUACCUGUCCCCUAUUGGCGAUGCUAGAAUACAACUGCUAGCAUUUCCUAAAGGUUCUACUGCCCCUAAUCCAAGAUGUGAACUAUUUGCCAAGAAUUGCCAACCCAUACAUUUUGCUAAUGCUUGUACUGCUGUUAUUUGGUGCUGAUAAAUCUGUAGGAAGACAAUAAUCAUUAAGAAGUUACCAACAAACAUUUCAGUUAUACCAAGAAAUCCUAAUUACCUGGCAGAAUAUUAAAUCCCUUAGUUCUUGAGGUUCGUAACUCAUAUGCAUCACUCUACCGUCUCUACAAACGCAUUUUAACGAUUUCUCCCCAACGUGUACAACAAGUGAAGUCCUACACACGCUAUCAUAUCCAUGCGUUAGAAUGUUAAUUUUAACACAGGACUGUGUGGGAGAGUUCAGUGCAU